CACGCUGGAUCAAUGAAACGCGAGUAAUCAUAGUAAAAACAGAAAUUGACAAGUGUGCAAGUGAACACCAGACAUUGAUUACGGUGUAAAUGGACCAUGGGGAAGGACCAGGAGCUGCUGGAGGCAGCGAGAAGCGGGAACGUCACCGUGGUCGAGAAGAUUUUGGGUCAACGAGCGAAGAGGAGUGGUCCACUAGCAAGCCUACGGCGGGGUCCAGGGGCUAACGUGCAAGAUGCCAGUGGAUAUUCCGCUCUCCAUCAUGCAGCUUUGAACGGGCAUAAGGAAGUGGUGAAGUUAUUGCUCCAGUUUGAGGCUUCCACUAACGUCGUCGAUGCUAAAGGCUCUUCGCCGCUUCAUUUGGCAGCUUGGGCGGGCGACGCUGAAAUCGUGCGGCUAAUUCUUACCCAAGGACCUUCGAUACCCAAAGUGAAUCUUACGACGAAGGACAACGAGACAGCGUUGCACUGCGCGGCACAGUAUGGGCACACGGAAGUGGUGGCACAGCUGUUGCAAUACGGAUGCGACCCCAGCAUCCGCAACAGCCGGGGAGAAUCCGCGCUGGAUCUCGCCGCACAAUAUGGCAGAUUGGAAACUGUGCAAUUGCUCGUUAGUACGUAUCCGGAGCUGAUCGUCCCUCUACGGAAUUCUUCCUCCUCGGUGAUUUUUCCGCACACCCCGCUACAUCUGGCCUCGCGAAAUGGUCACAGAGCGGUGGUGGAAGUGUUGUUGGCAGCAGGUGUCGACGUGAACCUGAGGACGCCUGCGGGAACUGCAAUGCACGAGGCUGCACUCUGCGGGAAGAUGGAAGUAGUGCGUGCACUUCUGGACCGAGGGGUGGAUUUGGGUAUUCGGGACUCGCGACAAAACACGGUGCUCGAUCUUCUCGGACAGUUCCCCCCGCACGUCACUCAGGAUAUCACCUCGGUGAUAAAAAGGCACAGGUCUUCCUCCGGAGUGGAAAGUGAUGCGGACAGUGAGAACUUGCCACCGAUUCCGGUUCAGGGGAACGAUUCAUUGGGCAGUCCUUACGAGAACGUUCGGCCGGGAGAUGAUCUCUCUCCGGCGGAAGGGACGUCGCCCACCCAAUGGCAGUUCUAUCACAAGCCUCGAGACGACGAUCGCCGCGUUUCCGGUACUUCCGUUAUGUCACUUGAAGACGAGCAGAAUGGGGGACCAGUGAACGGAGUACGGAGGACCCUCCAGCUGACAGAGGACUCCGACCCCAGUUCCGUCUACGACAGCGUCUUUAUGUCCAUGUCCGACACCCUCAACUCGAUAAACACUACCACCAACAACAAUAUACUGUUAGUACAGCGCGACACUACACGGGGCUCCGACAACGGACUGUACCAAACGCCACCGGUACCUCGGGGAACAAUGGAGGGUAGCUUCGUGUCGGAGGAUCUGUCCUUGACAUUACCCACGGGAUACGGGGGUGGCAGGGAGUCGGACCAAUUGAGCGUUUCCUCGUCCUCCAGCGUCGGUGGACCGAGCCCACGGGAUCGGCGUUGUUUGCCCAACGAUUCCAACGCCGCCGGGAUUUACUUGCCAAUGGCACCCUUGUCCAGUUCUCUUCACAGCCCCGCCUCCAACAGUAAAGUCUCGCCAACGCCGCCGAAGAAGCCACCCAGGCGCAACUUGUCUGUUUCGCCGACCCAUCUGCAGACCCAGAUGUCCUUGUCGGCGGACUGCACCAUGGGCCCGAACAAUUACGAGUACCUAUACAUGGCCCGGAGCGGUGCUCGCAGCCACAUCGACUUGGACCAACUGCAGAAGCGCCGGGAACAGUUGCGUCACGUGACGAGAAGCGUCGAUCAGUACGUCGAGAUGAAAUCCCCUCGCGCGGAGGAAGAGAGACGCGACAUGAACGCCGAGCCGGUCGCCAUCACUUCGAUCUACGAGAAUAGACCGAUUAAAACGUUGAAUCCUCGACGAAAGUUGCGUAGACACGCUUUCGAGGACUAUGAGCCAGUGGGCAGCCCGUGCGCGGAUAAGUCGCCCUGCAGCGAGACGGACACAUUCGCCCAGGAGCAGCAAACGUUCGUCUCGAGGGCGUUCAUCAUGCUCAAGUCUUCCCAGGAGAGUCUCCUCAACGAGAAACGCGACGCGAACGACGAACACUCCGCGCCAGAAGGCCGUGAGGCGACCGAUAAACGCCUGAAACGAGUACAAAUGAUGCUGCCCACCAGUCCUACGCAUUACGCUCAACCACCGACGCCCGAUCAUCCGCCGCCUUCCGCCAUGCAGGCUGAGAAGUCCAUUCACGAGAGGAUUCGUCCAUUGAGUCAGGUAUACAAACGACGGUCCCGCGACAUGGAAACGGAAACCGACGAGGAUUUAUUGCAGUUUCCGGCCGGCGGAUCCCUGGACGCUAGCAGCGGAUCGUUAUCGAGCGUGUCCCUAUCCGACAAGAGUAUGUCGACGGACAACGUCGAGGAAUACUUCGGGGAUGUGCCGUUUGCAGGUUUGUUGAAAGGAUCCGUAACGGCGGAGAGGCCUCGCACGUUGCGUAGGUUGCGGAACGUAUACGGGCAAUCCGCAUGCGGAAUGGGAACCGGCGGCGAGGGCGGAGGCGGGGAACGGCUCGAGGAUGGUGAGGUCGCGUUUCGAUUGUCGGAUCGCGAUCGCGAUCGCGAGAGGGACGAAAAGUCCCUCAGCAUAAUGAGUCCGUUCGACGAGCAGGAGGAAUGGGCAAAGAUCUCGGAGAUCAUGGCAUCCUUCGGCACAGGUCUUGUCCGGGAGUCCGUGUUUGUUACCGAACUGGAAAAGGAGUUCCAGACGAGAUUAGGACUGAGUUCAGACACGAGCAGUAGUCCUAUUGUCUCAACUUCCGUCGGUCAGUGGCUGUCAACGUUAGGCCUGGCCGACUACGAAUCUCUCUUCAUCAACUAUGGAUACGACGAUUUAGAUUUUAUAAACGGAGUCUUGGACGAGGCGGAUCUGAAGGACAUGGCCAUCAGCAGCGAUCAAGAGCGUGCUGUGAUAAUGGACGCGGUCGGAUCGUUGAACAAACGGGUGGAAAAACGGUCGGGUGGAAGCGGCCAGACGGUGGACGAGUGGCUGAAGAGCAUUCACCUGGAGAACUACGCGGAGAUCUUCAGGAAGCACUUGUACACGGACAUGGAUCGUGUGAGGAGCGUGUGGGAAGUCGAGCUGGACGCGGUGUUGGAGAUCUCGAAGCCCGCGCAUCGCAAGAGGAUUCUGGCGUCGGUCAGGGGAUCGAACGGGCGUGCACAGAAUCGAAACUCCGUCGGGCCCAACUUGGAGGACCUCAAUAAGGACCUGAACACCUUGAAGACGAACAUCCAGCAGCUGAAGGAGGAGAUACGGGAGAAGUUGCCGGAAACAACGACGGAAGGUACGAGGGAGGGUGGAUCGAUAACCGGAACGAAUUCGACCGUCACGGGCACAUUAAGGCACCGCAAAAACAGGCCGGCACCGCAGCCACCCCAACGACCCAGUUCGCAUAAUGGAGCGAUCUCGACACCGGAACAGCUCGAGAUCAGGGCACCGUCGGAGCUGCUGCUCGGCGUACCGUCCACCCUCAAGACGCAAUGGAGGCAUCAGCCGAUAACUCUGCUCUCCGGCUGCGUGACAUACGUCGCCAACUAUCUGGGUUCGACCGUGGUGAAGGAAUUACGCGGUACCGAGUCGACGAAGAAAUCAAUACAGAAGCUGAAGAAAACCUGUCGCGAACCCAGAGUCAUUCCCGACAUUACCUUAGCGAUUUGCUACCGCGGCGUCCGAUUCUUCAAUACGGUGACCAACGAGCCGAUUUGCGAGCACGAGAUUCGCAACAUUCAUUGCGCCUGUCAGGACGCCGAUGAUCUCACGCAUUUCGCGUACAUCACCAAGGAUCAUGCUACUCGCACGCAUUUCUGUCAUGUAUUCUGCGUGCCAACAAUGGACCAAGCGACGGAGGUGAUUCUAACCCUAGGCCAAGCGUUCGAAGUCGCUUAUCAAAUGGCGUUGCGGGACAAGCUCGGUAAUCAGACUGUGCGAUCGCAGUCGGCCAAUCAGCUAAACGCGUUAUGGAAACCGCCGGCGCCGACAAAGAUGUCCGUUUCACCGGAGUCCGUGCCCGAUCCCGUUCGCGAUUCCCAAGGGGAACCGCCGAGCUCUGUUCCCGUCGCGAAUUCAACGAAUCCGAAACCCAAACUACGUCCCAAGCUGACCAUUCCCAAUCCAAAAUUCACUGCUACCAAUCCGGCGCAGGAUACGAACUCAAAACCAAAUUUGAGUUCCCAGUCGGGCAGCGCAGUGAACUCGAGUUCCAAUCCGGCGGGUAGUCCCACUAGCAACUCGGUGAGCAGCUCGAACUCGAACACGAGUACGAGCACGAAUCAGACCGCGAAACCAUUGGCAAGUCACGGAAGGUCCCACUCAGUGAACGACAUCAAGGUGAAUGGGAACCAGUUGAAACUAGCGCCGGUGUUGGACGAUAUUGGAAUCGGCGUAAAGGACAUGAAGCCCGGUUCGAGGGCACCCAUCGCCCUGUCCGAGGAGCUGUAGGAUGUACGACUUUACACCUUGGGUAUUCAAUCAGAAAUUCGAUGAUUCGUGAUUAAUCGUCGAGCAAGCCAGAAGCUUCGCGUUCCCUCGCACGGCGCGAGUUUCAGGAUCAAAUCUACGUGUUGGUCGACGCGAGAAUUGAAUUUUCACGUUGCUAACGCUAAAGAAACACCGCCCUUUGGGCGUGUGAAUUAGAAGUUGAAAUUGCGAGAGCUAAGUUUCAGCCUCGUGUCGUAAUACCAUUCUCUUGUAAAUUAAUAUUGUGGAAUGUAGGUGAGACUUUGAUACUCGACUCGGAUGUCGGGUCGAGUUUGAAUCAUUCGAUUAGGGUUCGAGUUCUUGAUCGUUACACUUGCACACACUAGACGGACCCAUUCGCGGCGUCUUUUUACAUCGCUCUAAACUUUUGUAGUAACAUUGUACGCACGCAUGGUAGCGUGCGCGAUUACUUCUACAAUUAUUUUAUCCAGGAUUCCGGAGGAGUUCGAUUACGGCUCAGGUAAGUGAGAUACGAUUGUCGAAUUUCUUUGCUAGAUCUCGGUCGAGACGAUUUUCUACACUGAGGGCAUUAAAGAACCGACAGAAUUCAAUUGUUAGGGCAACCGUGCUCAUGUUUUACAUAUUCUCUACUCGCGUCCCCGCAACGAGAGAAACUAACAAACGGGGAGAUCGAAAACAACGAAUACCGAGGAUUCUCGUUGAACGGGUCGCGAUUUUUCCAAACAGUAUUAUUCGACUAGAACGAAGCUCUUUGUCAUAAAGUAGUUUUCUAGUUGUGGUACUCGUUUUGUGGUUAAGCGAGUGCGUGACUAAACGUUACAUCGACGUCUCGCCUAAUAUAACCCUGAAACGAACUGAAAAAAACGGUAACUGAUGAAAUUAUGUGAUUCUUUUUUCUCGUUAAAACGAAGAUGCAAGACCCCCGCACGAGAAACGUUAUUGCAUUUAAACGAAGCAUAUACGUGUAAGAACAUUCCCGUGAAGAAAGGACGAAUUUAUGAAUGCUCAAUUUUGAUCGCGUGCAAUCAAUUAAGUAGAAAAAAAUAAAAGAAAAAGAACUGAUUAACGAGACUCAGAGGCUGAAUCGUUUUCUCUUUGAACCGUGGAUUCCACGGUGGAUUCGUUUCUCUCACGACAAAUCACCACGCCUCGUUCGAGUCGCCAUUGUUUUUUCACCGUUCUCAUUACCCAAGACUGACAGUCCUCUUUAUCUCAUUUUUUCACGUGUUUGAACAAUUUAGAGUACCGUAGGUACAUGUACGCACGCAGGGAGCCGCUGGUCUCACGAACAGUUGAAAAUCUGAAUAAAAAUAAGUAAUUCGAACAGAAGAAUUUCGAUUAUUGGAUGUUAAUACUAAUGAAGAACGAUAAAUCGUACUAAAAGAAACAGUGAAUUGAGAUUCCCAACUGUUUGUAGCUCUGGUAUUUACACAAACAAUUAAACGUUUGUAACUUGCAUCGAAACAUAGAAAAGGCGAGGUUGAAAAAGAAAUGGAGAGAAGGUACGGGAGCAGAUUGACGCGUAUUUAUCGAAUGCUAGUUCGACGAACCUCGCGAUUAGGAAACGAAUGUUAAUACCAGAAACGGUACCAAAUAUAUCUAUCUAUUGUAUAUUUAAAUACUCCAGUGGAGCGAAGGCUCUGCUUUUAAUAUAAGUCAUCUAUCGAGUUAAUACAACGUAAGAGAACGGGCUGACAAUGAAUUAGGGAGCAGCUAUAGUUCUGAGCAAUGUGUGUCAUAGUAGAAACUAUAAACGAUUACGAACAACGUAGCAUCAUUCUCCUGAUGAGCAGGCCUAAUAGUUGUCGGAUAGUAAUAAACGGAGACAAGAUAAUUGAAAGAAUUUCUCAUGGAUAGAGCCAUCUGAACGGCAGCUUGUACACAGAAGGGUAGAUCGAUAACGAAAACCAAAGAUUGCACGUAUGUAUGUACAUAAGCACACGCGGUAUUAAUCGAUGCGAGUGUGCGGCGAUAUUAAUCUCGAUAUUAAGCCGGGAUAGAGGCGAAAGCAAGCUCGGAGAGUGGAUGGAGAAUCCGCUUGCGGUGAUAAGAGGUAACGGCCGAGAGGAUGAAGAGAUAUUAUUAUAGGGCGAGACAGAGUGGAACACGAGAAACUGCCAAAUAACACACCACCAUUAUUUGCCACGUGGCUGUACGCACAGUUUGUAUUUAUCACGUUUACAAUAGUAGAUAGCUCUAUUCAUAUAAUAUACAUAUACAGGAUUAAGCGUUGAGGUGUCACAGAAGAGGCAAGGGAGGUCCGUGGUGUGAUUAUGCUCUCCUCGCUGUGAAGUAUAUAUUUACCGGGUAAAUACAAAACUUCCAAUAUAUUUAAUAUUAUGGCGGAAGGGAAAAACGAUUUAUUAUUUGUCAGAUUCUCUUCUUCUCUUUGUCUAGUAAUUUAAUGUGUAACCUUUUGCUUGGUAAAGCUAUACUCCGCAGCUAAGUACAGUCUUCAUGAUCUAGCCGAGUAAAUGAAAAGGUUAAGCAGGAUGAUUUCUUGCCUGGUUACAUCGCGAAGACUGAUAUUUAAAUUGUACUAUACAAAUUGUAACGCAAUUAUAGUAGAAUCGUAGUAGCAACUCGAAGUAGAGAACAUGCUUCCUUCAUGUGUGUGAGUUCAAGGAAAUUGGCAUGAAGCGCGAUCUUAAAUGGUGUUGUACGGAUGGGUUGUUCGUGUUGGCUUUGGGGAUUCGUGUCUUGUUCGUCCAAAAUGAAAAAUGAAUAGGAGCUCAGAAAAACUCGAUUUUUUAAACUGAAAAACGAAGUUACGUCGACAAGAAUUAACACGUUAGAGAUUACAAAACAAGUUUAGUGAAAAAAUAAUUACACAAAUGUAGUCGCAUAAUCGAUAAGACGACCCGUUUUCGACCAAGUUUUCACGUUUAUGAAUAGUGCAGAAAAUUUUGAGAUGAGAUUUCGACGAAAAAAUUUACCAAGACAUUCUUUCGUAGAUCUGUACUUUCUUACACAUUUUCCUCGGUUUUUUGUAAACACGUUUUGUAUCAGUGAUUCGUGUGAAGUAACUAAGGAGAUUGUUUAUUAAACUAUUUAUAAUUUAAAUCCAUGUCCGAUGCUCCAACGUUCGAUAUCCUACUUGUCAACGGUGACUGCUAUAAACACUGCAUUAUUCGAAACAAAAUACAAUCUUAUAAUAUUGUUGUAUUAUUAAAAGAAAAAUAACAUUCCACUUCAUAUUUUACUUUACACGAAUCAUUUUUUCGAGUAUUUCGCCUUCAUUACUUGAGCACGCGAAACAAAAGAGAUAAGGAGAAGAAAACCAAUAAUUUCGUCCAUCAACGAACAAUACAAGUUGCCGCCGAUGCAAUCUCUCAAGUGCCAACAAUGGAGCCCCAUUUAUAUACUCAAGUACGCCUGUUGGAUCCGACAUUGUUGAUCCGAAAAGUUCAAGAGAAGAAGGUUAAAUGUAGAUACAUACAUCUAACACUUGGUAGCUAUGUAUUUUGUUCCGUACCACUGUAAAUUAAUCUAUCUACACGUGUUCAGAAGGGGAAACCACUCAGUCGUUCAAACAUUGACACAUCGCAAUAGAUAACGCUGCAUGUAAUUUAUUCGUUUCUUCGAGCUAACGCGAAGGACGGAGUCUCCUACGAAGGAGGCGUCUAGUUUAACUUUUAAGUAUUUAUAUGAGAAACGCUGACGAUUGAAUAAUUUAGAAAUGUAUACAUUCUACGAGUAGAACCGAGCGGUAUCAACAUGAAUUUUACUCGUUUAUGCCAAUUGACUGAGCGAAGAAACUCAUUCACGGACCAAGAAAGGAUAAAGUGAGAGGAGAGGGAGGAAAAAACACAAAGAGGGAGAGAGAGAGAGAGAGAGAGAAAAUAAGAGAUUAACGAGGUAAGAAGACGGGUAUGGUAGCUCGUAAACUAUACAUAUAGUAUUCCGCGUGCAACGGUUAGGUGCAGCUGUCGAGGGAAGUUUUUCACUCGACGUUUUUUCUCCUAGCGAAGGAUAAGACGCGACGAUCCGCGAAUUUCGUCGCGUCGAUUAUUGUAGAUCGAGUACAGGUUUUUAGAUGUACGUGUACAUAGAUGUGUAUCGAUUGAAAUGUUAGCGAGUGCCGGAGCGAUCACCGUGAAUCAGUUCAGCGCCCAACGAUACCAAAGAUACAAUCGAAACAACUUCCUAAUUGUACAUUAGACGACUAUGUGUGAUUAAACUGACAUAUUGAUUGAA